GAUGUGAUGAACGGGGGUGCGCUCGAGAUGUAUGGUGUUGUGACAUUGGUUAGUAUUGAUAUCUAUAAGGAAACCCCACCGUAUCAACGCUUUCCAUUCCAGAAACCUUUCAAUGGAGUCACCCUCCUCUCACCGGCGAUAUACCACCGCCCUGUCGAGCACACACCGCAACCUUGGUCGAUGGUAAACGAAUUUUUAUCUUUGGAGGUGGAGAGGGCCCGACCUAUUAUAACAGGUAGGAAUUAUCCGGUAGAUUCUAGUCAAAGCUAA